CGGUGAUUGAAUGAGAAGCAUGGAGCGCUUUAACACCGCUGUGCUGUUAGCAGGUUUACUGUGUGCACUGUGUACAUUAGGUGUGGGGCAGACGGGGGCAGACGUGGGGCAGAUGUGCCACAGCUUUGAGUUCAGGUGCUCUAAUGGAGUGUGUGUGCAUAAGCAGUGGAGGUGUGAUCAUUCUGCGGACUGUAUAGAUGGCAGCGACGAGGAGAACUGCGAGCAGGACGAGUGUGAGGUGAAUAACGGCGGCUGUUCUCAUUACUGUGUGGAUCUGCCUCACGGGUUUAUGUGUGAAUGUCCACCUGACAUGAGACUGGUGCAUGACACACACUGUGAAGAGCUGGACCCGUGUCUAGAUGCAGAUGUGUGUGACCAACUGUGUGUUCAUUCUAACGGUUCUUUUACCUGCGAGUGUCGUCAUGGGUACGUGAAGAGCUCAGAGAAUGGGCGGUGCUUCGCUGCAGAUGAUGCAGCAGCGGUGAUCUUCAGCAGUAGUGAGGGGAUCAUGUGGAUGAAGCCUGAUGGCUCUGGGCUGAGAAACAUCAUCAACACAACAGGAACAUCUGGAGCGCUGACCUCCCUCUCUGAUGAUAACACACUGUACUGGACUCAACACACACACAUUUACAAGCUGGUUCUGGAUGCAGGGCCUCUGGACCCGACGGUGAUGUUCUCGGGGGUCAGUGGGAUUGUGAGUUUGUCUGUGGACUGGAUUAACCGGGUUCUGUACUGGACCAGUACGAGUACCAGAGCCGUCCAUGCCGCGGCGCUGAACGGAACCGAACACGUCGUUCUGAUCUCGGGUCUGCAGUCGCCCGGUGCGGUGGCCGUGCAGUCGUUAGCCGGCUUCCUUUUCUGGACCGACACCGGAGAUUCUCCCAGAAUCGAGCGCUCGGAUCUGAAUGGACAGAAUAGGAGAACCCUCGUCUCCUCCGCCAUACACAACCCCGUCUCCAUCACUCUCGACGAGCCGCGUGGCCUGCUGUACUGGGCCGACUCCAGCCUGAGGACCGUCUCCAGGGUGACGUACGACGGCCUGCACAGGAAGACGGUUCUGGAGUCGAACAGCCAUCUAGACCAGCCGUUUGGUCUUGCAGUGUUUGAGGAUGCUGUGUACUGGAGUGACCGGGCUACAGAAGUGAUCUGCAGCGCUGAUAAACACAACGGUAAACUGCUGAAGGUCACCCAUCUCUCUGAAGCGAGUUCCCCGGCGGGGUUAGUCCUGUACCACCCGCUCCUGCAGCCCACAGAUAUGACGACGCCUCAGACUAAGCCCUCCCCCAUGGACCCUGACUCCGCCUUCAGCUUCUCCAGAGUCCUCUCUCUGAUUGUUUUCCCCUCUUCAGUUCUCUUCUGUGUUGUUUUUGCUGCUCUGUUCUUCUGCUGGAGGAAGAGAACGUUCUCCUCUCGCUCUCAGUUCCCUGAAGAACCCGUAAUGAAGGAGUCGCAGGAUCCACUCAUAACAAACGAGGACAACAAGGCACACGCGAACAAAGAAACCACCCGUCCUGUAUCAGUGUGAACCAGGAAAAGACUUCACACGACAAGCUGGCUGUGUGUGUGUGCGUGCACGCGCAUGCAUACAAGAAAAUUUUUUCUCCACUUCUGAAUCCACUUCAGUAGUCGGUCCUCAAUUCGGAUGAAUCUCAAAUCAGUGCUUAUUUAGAUUUAUUAGUUUUUAUCCAAUUCAUAAUCAUAUUAAAAUCAAAAUAUUUCACAGAUGAGAACUUGGGUCUUCAGGACAUUUGAAAGUGGACAUGCCGUUUAUAAGCUGUUUAACGCACACUUUUAUCAGCUGAUUGCACUCUGUAGUAGAUUCUUAUGAAUUUUUUGGAUAUGAUUCUUUGUCGAAUCAAAAUCACGUGAUGAAACAAUCCAGUUGACUUGAAAUGAUUUGAACAGUCUGACAUUUUUGUUGUUGUUGUUGUUCCUCUCAGCUUCUCUAUAAUUUAUCCUGAUUGGAGGCUGAGUGAUUUUCGUGAAUGAAUUAAUAAUUUUUAAGAGACUUUAAUAAUUCUCUUCAUAUAGGAUGAGAUUAUUUAUGAGAAUCAAAAGGUUUUGUUUUACAGCAAUAACACAUUUCCUUACUCUCCUGAGAAAUUAUUGAUUUGAAUUUCUUUGUGAAUGAAUAUUUAAUAAUUUCUUUUGGAGUGUUUAACAUAAAUAUGAAUCCGAUUUGUCGACUUGUCCCUUCUCACUGAACUACACUCCUCCUUAACUACUGAUUCAUCAGGACUGAUUUGACUGUGGGGUCACUGAUUGUUUUAUGAAUUCUCAUGAUGUUUGAGUCCUGUUACUGCUACAGGCUGAGUUAAACACAAAUCAGUUACUCGCCUCUGUGAAGACUCUGUAGUUCUGACCGUACGAUCUGAUUUCCUUUAUUUUGUGGUUUGAUUGUAAUGUUAGUUUAAAGGGCUGGUGUUUGUGUCUCUGAUUACUGAUGAAGCCCGACUUUAAAAACUAAUAUUGCUGCAUUGACUUUGUGUGUGUGUCUAGAGUUAAAUAUGUGACUCCAGUGCUGGCUUUGAAUGUUACAGAGCCCUUUUUGGGUGAGACGGCGAUGCUGUAGGUCUAUUUAUUAGUUGAAAGCUGUCAUAUUAAUUUAUUUUUGUUCCUACAGCUGAAAUAAAAAUCA